AUGACUCAAUAAACAAGCUUAGCACAAUAGCUAAAUUAACUUAAGAUUGCUCAGAAGGAUGAGGUCAAGCUACCUUCAAGGACUAAACUUUCAUUCUUAUUUGAUAUCAAGCAAGCAGCAAAUGUCGAUGAUUAAACCCUUUAUUAUAUUGCUUUGACUGGAGUUAGAGAUCUAAUAAAAGACUUUCCUCAACUACAGGUUCAUCUUGUUGACUAUUAAUCUGAUAUCCUCAAUGAAAAAUCAUUGUAAUUUUACAGAGGUACAUAAACUCAAGAUGCAUUAAAGGAAGUGGAGGAAAGAUUGGAGAGUUUAAUCAAGCUUUUUGCACCAUUUUUACUUCACAAUGCCACUCACAGAGUUAUUGAGUAUUUAGUGCGAAUCUAUGAAAUUAAUGCUUUCCAUAAGGAAACUCUAUUGCUUUCAUUCCUGCCAUAUUUUGAGACAGCUUUCUUCAUUAAACUAAUUUAGAUAAUUAAUCUAAAGCAUGAUGACUUCUACUAGUUCCUAGAUCAGUAUGCCUUUAAAGGUCAAGCCAUCGAUAAGGCAACUUUGAUAAAAUCUCUCUCAAGAAACGACUCUCUCCUAUUUAGCAAAUACUCAUAAUUCUGCUUUGACUUAUCUGAGUUUUUACAAUAAUUUAACAUCAUGAGUGAGGGAUUUCUUCAUUGGAAAUUCUAUGGUGCUAUGAUAGUUGAAAUCUUGAAGUCAUAAAAUGGAUAGACUCAGACAUCAUUGUUCAACCUCUUGCCAUUCAUCUCAAAGGGCAUGAAAUCAGAAAUCAAAGACUUUAAAGUUUCCUCUCUAAUGGCAAUUUCACAACUUGCUUGCCGCAAAUCAUUAUCGGCUCAAUAUGCUUAGGCAUUCUUCAAGCAAGUAUUACAGUCAAUCAAGGACUAUUCACUAAGAAUGGAAGAAGAUUUAGUUGAGAGAGGUGUACUUGUUCUCGGAUUAAUAUGCUAAUAUCAAUAGAUUCAAGUCUUAGAGGAAAAAGAUGUAUAGACUCUACUUUAAAUUACAAAAAUCACAUCUAUUCUUCAAAAAGUUAACCAUUAGUAUGAUCUUAGUUUCUUAUUAAGAACAAUCACUGUUACUAGUCUUACAAAGUAAGGAAUCGAUAUCAAGCAAGUUUACCAAAAAGUCAUUCAGAAUCUACUCAACUUAAAACUUGCCUAUAUUUUGAUUGAAUCUGCCCUAGUUCUUUGCAUGCAAAGUGAAGCUCACAAUGAUAAUUGCCAAGAUUUAUUGAAACUUAUAAAAGCUUAAAACCAAUCUGACUACAAUAACGUUAUCCUGUUUAUACUCAAGCAAUCUAAAGAUUCAAAAGACAAGAUCCUAGGUAUCCUUUAAGGGCACUCAGCUGAUAAUCUCUUCUCUAAAUUUGGGGAGAAAGAAUAUUCACUAUUGAGUGCUUUAGCCUCGCAAUCUAAAAUUACAAAACUUAAUGCCUUAAAAUCGAUUUAAGAAAAUCACAAGAAGUUAACAAGCAAUGAGAGAGGUCUGAUAAAGCUAUCGCUAGUCCAGAUGAUAUAAGCUGCUCAGGAAGAGGAAUUAAUCAUUAGCUAGGUUAUUCAAAUCUUAGCGAAACUUAUUAAUGAUGAGUAAUAAGAGAGUAACGAUUAUGACUUUGAAUACCUAAGUCAAUUUCAUGAAUAAAAUCUUAGCACAAAAAGAUAUUCUGAUUCAAUUAAUGGUAGUGUUUUAGAAUUAUUGGUAGGGCUGACAGUUUAAACUAAGGACAACUAAAUGCAAAAGUAAAUCUUACUACUUUCUUUAAAGAAUGUUAAAACAGCUAAUGUGCCUGUUUUAUUUAGCAUUAUUUCUAAAAAGCAUGAAAUAUCCUAGAAUGAACUUAUCCAAGAGCUAAAUACGAAUCAAAACAGUCACGAUGUUUUAAUAAUUCUACUUAGAAAUUUCAAAUAAUACACACAAAGCACAGAUAUUGCUCAAAUUAUUAAGCAUUAGUUUGAAUCAAGAUCAUAGUAAGAUAAGCUUUCCCUAGCCUAGGAUAUUUUAAAAGCAAUUAAGUCAUCAAUUAAAGUUAUUCCUAAGGAACUCUAAAUAUAGAUAUUAGAUUAAGUUUUAGAAUUAUUAUCAAAGGGAAUCAACUCUAUGGACAAUAAACUUAUUUCUCUCUUAAUAGGCUAUGGAUUGAAACUAAAGCACCAAUCUAAUUCCUUCGAUAUGAAUAAACUUCUUGGAGAUAUUAUUAAACUAUUUUUCCAAAACGACUUAAAACAGUAUGUAUCAUUCCUAAUAUCUUUUGGAGUUGAAAGCAAAAAUGCUUAAAAGCGGAAAUUCGCAAUCAUGAAUCUCAAGGAGAUUUCAAAGCUUAGUAUAAUAACUCCAGCUUUUAUGGUUAUGAGUACACUCAUUUAUCUCAAUGAUGAAUCAAGUCUAGUUAGAAUGGAAGCCAUCAAUCUCGCCAAGCAACUAAUAGUCUAAUCAGAGAAUCUAAACUAGAUUGAGAUAUUUAAUAACACUCAAAAACCAAAAUCAGCCAAGAAACAGAAUGACAGACAAGAUUUCACACCUUUGAAAUCCAAGCCUCUAAAAUCUAUACUUAAGGAUCUUGUUGCUAUGGGAAAUGAAAUUAUCACCGAUAAAUCUUAACUUCAAAUAGUACUGAGUAAUUCCCCUCAUACAAAAGUUAUUGAUUAAGUAGUCCGACAUAUUCUUGACUUACCAACUAUCACUCUCAAGAGCAAAUUUGUUGAAAUUUUAAGUCUUUUAACCAACUUCUCUUUGGUGUUCUCAAUGAGUUUACAAGAAUAGCUCAAUAAAGAGUUCUUUUAAUUGAAGCAAGGCAAAACUGCUGAGCAAGAACUUGCUUAUCUAUAUUAAAUCGGUAGUCUUAUUUAAUAAAUCUGCAAGAAAUAAGGAUCUGAUAUGGUAGAGGAGCACAUUUCUUCCUUACUAUUUCCAUAUCUUAAAAUAGUAUUUACCCUUCCUUUGAAUUACUAGCAUGAAGAUCUUGUUCUUAAUCUUCUUACUAAAGUGGUAAUAAGAGAUAAUUAAAUUAAUCUUAAGCCAGCGAAUGUAAGCGAAUUGCUAAAAUACUAUCUUAAAUCCCAAGUUUUGAUUGUUUCCAAACUUAUAAGACAAUAAAUUAAGGAAGCAUAUAUCAAUAUUAAAGAAGAAACAUUUUCAGAUAAAGAAAUUUUACCGAUUUUAGGGGAAAUAAAAUUAAAUUUAUAAAACAAGAAAAAAGAUCACAGUCAAGAUUUAAGUCAGUAUGAGGUUCUUUUAGAAUUGCUUGGCUAAAUUAGAGUGGAAAACGAUUAUCAAAUUUUGUAGCCAUUAUUCCAUAUAGUUCAAUUUCUCUCUCAAGCUAAGCAAGUUGAUAACUAAUUCUACCUUAUUGAAGUAUCAAAUCAAGUUGCCCUUUAAAUUGUUGAGAAUAAAAAGAAUUCAAAGAAAAAUCUUGGGCAAAACUUUGAUCUAAUAUUAAAUGUACUUAAUUAAUCCUAUGAGAAUUUGAAAUCAGAGGUUAAUAACAGAUUAGAAAAUCAUAGACAAAGUGCUUUUGAUCCAUUUAAAGAGUUCAUGAUGGAGAUUGAAAAUAAAACUGAAAAUUAGAAUGAUGAAAAUGAUGGGGAUUCAAAUCAAGAGUUUAUAGGCAGAUUUUAAAUAAUCUCUUCAAUAUUGAAUCUUGUCUCGUAAUACGAGCUUAUUACAUCUAAUAAUCAAGUAGUGACUAAUAAGUUUAUGGAUAGAUUGUCAAAUAUGAUUAUAGAGUUGACUCAAAAUGAGAAAUCCCAUUCAUCAACUGGAAGUAACCUUGUGCUUCAACUCUUCAGAUUUUAUUUAAAUUAGAUUGUCAGAAUUUUGAAGUAACAAGGCAAGAGAAAUUAAGACCAGAAGCAAAUAUUGUCCUAAUUCAUUGACACUUUACUUAUGCUAUAAGAUUUUGUUACUGAUAUUAAAAUGCAUUACGGAUUUUUAGAGAAAGUUUUGAUCGCUCUUGAAGGUAAAUAUACCACUUUCAUUGUAUUCGUACUACUAAUUCAUGCUAAGGAUUAGAUUUCAGUCAAGGAAAAUCUAUAGGUUGAUAGUUUAGAGACAAACUUGAUUGAGAAAGUCAUAGGUGAUUAUCUUAGUCCACUAAAAUCCCUAUAAUUAUUGGAAGAACUUUUAUUCUUUGUCACUUCUCUGAGACUUUCUGAAACUUCUAAUGAGUUUAUCAAAUCCAGAUUACUGCUCGUUUUUAACUAAGAUAUCGUUAAUAAGAGAAUGGACGAUGUUUUCUGGUGUGAACAAAAGUAUUUAAUUGAUAAUGACAAGGAAGCAAGAAGACUAAAAUAUUUGACUGUUUACAUGCUCAACAAUAUGAUUAGUAAUAGUACUUAGUUCUAGAAGCAACUCGCUAUUAUUACUCACACCGAAAGCAAAGAACUUAAGUCAUCAUAUUAAUUGUUCUACCAAAUUUACCUUUCUUCAGCUGUAUUUAAUAAAUCUGUUAAUAACUUACUAUAAAACAAGGAAUACAUAAUUGACAAAAAGAGUAAAAAAUCUUUGAAACGGUUAUUUGGAAGAGUUUAGGAUUUCCAAAAGAAUCUCAACAAUCUGCUUUCUUAUGAAAUUUAAAUUGACAUUGUUAAAAAAGUGUUAGACUUCGAGGAUAAAUAGACUCUUUAUCUAAAAACUUAAUCUGUACAAUUACUCCUUAAUAAAACACCAUAAUUUUCUUAAGGGCUUUCUAAGAUUCAAGAAAAAGAACUCGUGUCAUAAUUUGAAACUUUAGUCUAAAUGUCUCUAAAGAUCUUACAAAGUUAAUAAGAGCAAGGAGGUGCCAAGUAAAAUAAUGAAAAAUAAAGUUUCACUUAAGCACUUUUUAGUUUGAUAGAAAGAACAUACUCCAAUCUUUAGUCAGUUGAAACAAAAAGAAACAUAUUAGAUCUUACUAUUAAAUAUCUUAAGAAUGCUGAAAAUUAUGGUUUCUUUUUGCAUUCCCAACUGAUUCUGAACUUAGUGAAUAUUUUCGAAGUCUAACAGCUUGAAAUUCUUGAACACUUACCCUAGUAUAUUGAUCAAAUUAUUGCUGCUUUUAAAAGAUUAGAUCAAAGUGAGGAAAGCAGAGAUUUUUUCACUGACUCUUUCACAAAAACUGUCUUAAAAGCUAGCUUAUCAGUAUGUGUUUAUUUCUCUAAAUUUAUGACUCCUUUAUAAUAUUAGCAAAUACUUGAGAACGUUAUAGUAAUCCCUGAUAAUUAUGAAAAUGAAGUAAAGUAAAUUCUUGAGAUUAUUGCUUAGGUUUCAACUCAAGCAGCUGGUUUGAAAGUUAUAUUCUAAGCAUUGAUAAAUUGCUACGAUUCGGUAAUCAUUGAAGAAGGUAUUGAAAAUAAGAAAUACAAAAAUCUCUCCCAAAUAAUAAUUAGGUUCUUCGAUUAAUUAAUGAAGAGAGUUAUUUAGAGAAUGAAAAAAGAUUUUUGUUAGGAAAACUACAAAAAGAUCAACCUAUUUUUCAGAAGUGCUUUCAGUAUCACAAAUAAUUUCCAUAAAAAUAAUUAAGAUGAUAUGAAAGACUUCAAGGAAAUUGAACUUUCAGUAUCUAGAUCUUUUGAACAAUUUGUAAUAAAACUCAACGAAGAUCAACUUAGACUUAUCAUUGUCAAAUUGACCAAGUGGGGUUUUAAAUCAACCAAGGAAGAUACUUCUUUCCAUUACAAUAUCCACAAAACAACUUAAUUUUUCAGAGCUAUUAAUACAGUAUUGAAUGGACUGAAAGAAUUCUUCGUUCCUUUACUACCACUUUAUCUUGAAAAAUUAAUUGAUGUUUUGACUGUAUUUGGACAAUCUAAAAUUAGUCAAGGUAAGAAAAGAACUCAAAGUUAAUUCAGUUUUGAAUAUGAAAACAUUGAUAGCACACAUACUAUGUAUGAUUUAAUGAUUUUGGCAUGCGAGAAUAUAAGACUUAAUUUCCUCUAUGACAAUAUGGCUUUUAUCUAAAAUGAUACUUUUGAAAAGUUAUCAGAACCUUUAUCCAAUCUUUCAACUCUUGAAGUACUUGGAAAUUAAUAUUUAAAUUUCAUUGAAGAUUCUUUAAAACCAACCGUAUUAGAAAUCAUUGAAAGAAUCAAUAACGAUGAUAUGUGGAAGAAGAUUAACAAUGAACUCUUUAUGCAUACAAGACAUACUAACCCAAUGAUAAGACUUGGUACAUUUAGAAUAAUUGAGAAUCUCUACAUGAAACUAGGAGAGAGAUUCCUCAUUCUCCUCAAUGACACUAUUCAAUUCCUCUCUGAAGGAAUGGAGGACGAGAAUCCUGAUGUUGAAGCAACUGCAAGAUCAAUAGUUCAAAGAAUCGAGCAAAUUACUGGUGACAGUAUUCACGAAUAUCUUAAGUGA